CGGGCCGCGAGCGCAGCGCCCCGCGCCGGGGCCCCGCCGCCCCGGCCGACCCCGGCACAAAGAAACCCCGCCGAUGCGCGUCAUCGCCGCGCUGCCCAGCGGCGCCCCCCGCGCGCGCCCAGCCCGCUGCCCCGCGCCCGGGCUGCGCGCCGUGCUCGCCACCGUGCUCGCCGCCGCGGCGGCCGCCGCGGACCCGUCAGUCGCCGCUGGGCACCUGACCGCGGGGCCUGCCCGGGCGGAGGCCGCGGCGGUGCCGGGGCUGCCCGCCAGGCAGGCCCCGCGCCACGCGGAGGGGACGGGGGUGGCGCCGGCGGCGCCGCGCAGCGGCCCGGCCCGGCGCACGGCGGCGUCGAGGAUGAUGCGCCAGGAGGUGACGGCCGACGCGAGCCUCGUGGGCCCGGGCAGGGGCCCGCCCGCGGCGCCCGAGGGGGCCGGAGAGGCCUCCGCCAGCGGGGGCCAGGACGAGAGUGGCCCGCCGAGGGCCGCGGGGCCGCAGGGGCCCAAGGGCACGACGGGCCCCGCGGGCUCGGUGGGGUCUGACGGGGUCAGGGGGGCGGCAGGCGCGCCCGGGCCCCCAGGCGAUCCGGGCGAGAAGGGCGAUCUGGGGCCUGAGUCCACGGUGCCGAAGGGGGUGGUCCCGACGCGGGUCGCCUGCUGUGUGUACGGGCUCAACUUUCUGAUGAUGUUGGGCUUCGCAUAUAUGCUCAACAACCAGGUGGCCGCCAAGAGGGGGUCUAACGACAAGAAGGAGGAGGAACCCCUGCUGGACGACUCGCCAGCUGGCGGUGGCGACGCUUACACCGAAGAGGACCAGAACGACGACGAGCUUUGAUUUCGGAUGAAGAGCGAGCACAACAUGCCACAUGUCUCCUUUGUGAAUCGUUGCAAAAAUGGUGAUAUCAUGUCUCUGAUGUACGAUCGGCUGCAGUGUUGCCAUGUCGUUGUCUACACGGUCUGUCUGGCCGUGGCAAACUUGCAAACCUGUGGGCCGCACAGUAACCGGCCUCUCGUACGUGCUAUGCCGCAGACGUCGUCUCUCUAGGAGAAUCAGCUUGCCUCGAGGUGCUCCAUCCCGCCCACUCCCGAGGCUCCGGUGCUCCCUCAGCAGUGCUCUCGCGAUGAUUGCUCGUGAUGAGGAACUUUGGCUCGGCGUGUCGCAGGUUCUGCAACACGCUCUCUGCGCCCCCCUUCAAUAUCGAUUACCGA